AUGGAAUCAAAUGGGCAAAGACUCUACUCUGUUCUCACGAGAGCAGAGGUUCUUGACAAGAUGAUGAAAGAGAUCUUUCAGAUCUCAGAAGUCUUCUCCAUCUCUCAACCCGAUGCAACCCUAACCCUAAUCCGUUUAGGUUGGGACUCGAUUAGGGCUUCGGAUCUUUUGGGAGACAACAAGGAGAAGUUUCUUUCGAAACUAGGGUUGGAUGAUAAUAAUCUUGUCUCCACUCCCUUGUGCUCACACAAGUUUUGCUCAGAUUGCUGGAAAGAUUAUCAUCUCAGCAAAUCUCUCGAGAAAGAGGACAAGAGUGAGAUGAUCCAAGACUGUGUCGUCUCCGUUGGUCACGAUACGGUCGAGGAGAUGUACGAGAGGUACGUUCUUGGAUCUUUCAUGGAUAGUAACAAGAUCAAGUGGUGUCCUGCUUCGGGAUGCGUGUACGCGAUCCAGCGUCAUGGCGGCGCUGAGGAUGAUGAUGACGAGGAGGAGAAGGAGGAGGAGGAGACUAGUGAUGAUGAUUUUGGUGUGGUGUGUUUGUGUGGACACACGUUUUGUUGGAAGUGUAAGCUCGAGUCACACCGUCCCGUGACGUGUAACAACGCUUCACUUUGGUUGAAUGAACUCUUGGAAGAAGCGAGAACGCUUAGCCUUUACCCUAAAACGACAAAGCCUUGUCCUAGUUGCAACACUAAUGUUCAAAAGCUUAGUAAUGUUGAUUGGAAGAUCGUUACUUGUGUCUGCAGUCACGCCUUUUGUUGGAGGUGUUUGCGAGAAGAGGAAGAUCACCACGAAUAUAUUCGUUGUUCUAAAGUCCAUGUGCCUCCACCAAGCAAUGAAGUGUCUCUCCUUCAUCACCUGACACUCUGGGAGGAGUAUGAUAAAGCAAUUGAGGCAUCUAAAGACGAUCUUGAAGCCAUUGAGCUACACAUCAUACCGAUGCUAACUUCGAGACGGGGUCUGGGAGAGUUAGACAUGAGGGCUCUGAGAGAAGCGUUAGUGCUGAUUAUUCAAUGCAGACUUGUGUUGAAAUGGAGUUGUAUGUUUGGUUACUUCUUAACCGAUUACCAUAGCGGGAAGAAGAAGUACUUGGAUCACCUUCAGGAGGUAGCCACCGCAAAUCUUCUGAAGCACAAAGAGAGUGUAUAUGAGUUGGUGAAUGGUGAGGAUGUGACUGGUUUCAGGCAUAAGGUGGAAACGUUAACGACAGCAACUGGUAACUACUUUCAUUACUUUGUCAAGACUGUUGAAGAUGGUUUGAGUGAUGUGAAGGGUGGUGUCUUUGAGGAUGUAGCAACUGAUUACUGGUUCUGUGAUCGCUGCACGUUUCAGAAUGAUAGUUUUGAACAGAAGUGUAGGGUUUGUGUUUUCCCUUUUGAAGGACCUUCUCCUCUUGUGGCUAACAACAACAACGGUGUUGCUGUUGCUCAUCAACAACUACUCCCAAACGUGUCUUUUGAUGUCAACAACAGUGCUGCUGCGAGUGGUGAAGGAGGAACUGAUCAUGUGGCGUUUGGUAACAACAACAAUGCAAGUGGUGUUCAACAAGGAGUUCCAUACAUGUCUAGCAACCCCUUUUCUCCUCAGCCAGCUCCAUUUGUGGCUUUUGGUAACAGUGAUGACAGUGUUCAUCAACAACAAGUUCCAAACAUGUCCAACAAUCCAUUCGCUCGUGAAGGAGGAGGAGCAAAUGUUUUCGAGUCUCGUCCUGUGGGUUUUGGUGUAAGUGGUUAUCAGCAACAGAAAGUCCCAAACAUGAUGGCGAAUAGUGCAGGAGGACCAUCCUACUUUCCAAUGCCUCCUCCAAGUGUGGUGACUUAUGGUAACAACAGCAUUGGUACUACUGCAAGUGCUAAUCAGCAACCAAACAUGGUCAAUAAUCCAUUUGCUCAAGGACCAAUCUUCUAUCCGUGUCCUCCUCCAUUUGUGGCUGCAAGUGCUCAUCAGCAACCAAACAUGGUCAAUAAUCCAUUUGCUCGUCAAGAAGUACCAAUCUUCUAUCAGUUUCCUCCUCCAUUUGUGGCUGCUAGUGCUCAUCAGCAGGAACAAGUCCCAAACAUGGCGAACCUUAACCCAUUUGGUCGUCCAGGAGGAGGAACAUAUCAGUUGCAGUCUCCUCCAUUUAUGGCUUUUGGCAACAACAACAACAGCGGUGCUACUGCAAGUGCUCAUCAGCAGCAAGCUCCAAACAUGAUGGUGAACAAUCCUUCAGAGUUAGGUAACAACAACAGCAGCGCGAGUGGUCAUCAGCAACAAGCCCCAAACAUGCCUAAUCUCGUCAAGGAGGAAGCCAACCUUGAAAAUUCGAAUGAGAGCGAGUGGUGAUGAUGAUGACUGAAUGAUGCGCUUUCUGGUUUCUUUUGUUUUUCUUUUAGGGUUUAUAAUAAGUAUACUAUUGUCUCUCUCUUUUGCUUUGUUUUUUUAGGGUUCGUUUUGUUGUUUUUUCCUUGUUGAAAACGCAAACAAUAUGGUUUCGUUGCUAUUUUGGAUAAAAACUUUGUUUACA